CAGUUUUACGGGCUUCGCCUCUUCCGCUCUCCUUUUCCCCUAAACACGAUGCUUCCGGUUUUAGACACCCAGCUGAGGGUUUAGGAAGGAGAAGGGAGGCUGGAUAGGUGGAGCUAAUGCGCAGCUGCUGAUACUCGUCAAAAAAUUGCAGGGCAGGAUUUGGAAACUGAAUGAACUGUGUGCAGAGGUCUCUUCACAAGACAUGGACGCCGGCCCUCAAGUAUCCUUAUGUAACGCGGGGAGCCCGAAAACAACAGGAUGCUUAUAAGAUUCUCGAGAUUUUUUCGGCAAAUCUUUAACCUAUUGUGUUUGAGAUUAAAUAAUAUAACGCUGGCCGUCGUCUAUCGAAGACGUGAUCCUGGACAUAUGAUCCGUUCUGGUGUUGUUUUAUAGGAGCGAGUUCGAAUUAAAAUACCUAUUUCCACUUGAUUCGGCGACAUACUGUAUCUCUAAAUACGAGAUUGGGUGGGCACGUCACUGACGCUGGGAGCGUGCCGGACAAUACAUCCUCAUAGGCGACUUUUCUAUGACUUGCAUUCUACACAUGCUUCCAUUGGAGUGAAAAGGCAGAUCGACGGGCGGGAUAGCGUGGUCCACUUUAAUCCCUGUGUCGCCCGAGUUGGUCAACCGUUUUGGAAACACCAUUCAAAAACACUGAACGGAAUAAUUGUUUUAACGUUUUUUUGUCUGGCAAUUUUUCCUAAUCACAACAGUUUGUUUGCUCCUGCCUGUGCCCUCUGAAUUAAGCCACAAUAUAGGUCGGUUGCGUCACCUCAUCUGACAAAUUGGAGAACAAGAAGUUGUAAUAUUGUUGUAAUAUUGUCACAACUCUGUUUGGGAGGAAACUUUCCAAUGUGUUCUAUCGCCGCGAUAUGUGAUGACAUCCUUCGUUGCGCUCGGUGUUUUUGAAACCCUCUCUUGUCUUCUUUAUUCUAACGGGAGGAGAUCAAAGGACAUAAUAUUUAUAUUUCGGGCUGUAGUUAGUUUUGCAUGAUGUACGACAGUGAGGAUGUGGUGGGACUCACCCCUAGUCCGAACCCGUUUUUAACCAUGGAUUACUACCACCAGAACCGAGGAUGUCUAAUUCCCGAUAAGAGCCUCGUACCUGCGGGACACCGUCCCUUCAGUUCGUCCAUCAGAAAUCAACACUGGAAUGGAUCAAACCACUCUAUAGAGACCCAGAGCACCAGCUCGGAGGAGAUAGUCCCCAGUCCCCCCUCGCCGCCCCCUCCCCCGCGAAUCUACAAACCCUGCUUUGUUUGUGCGGACAAGUCCUCGGGAUACCACUAUGGAGUCAGCGCCUGCGAGGGCUGCAAGGGUUUCUUCCGGCGCAGUAUCCAGAAGAACAUGGUGUACACCUGUCAUCGCGAGAAGGGCUGCAUCAUCAACAAGGUCACCCGCAACCGCUGCCAGUACUGCCGCCUGCAGAAGUGUUUGGAAGUGGGCAUGUCCAAGGAGUCGGUGAGGAACGACAGGAACAAGAAGAAGAAGGAGGAGAAGAAGCCAGAGUGUACUGAGAUCUACGUGCUGAGUACCGAGACCGAGCAGAUGAUCGAACGCGUCCGCAAGGCCCAUAAGGAGACUUUCCCCUCGCUCUGUCAGCUGGGCAAAUACACCACGAAUAACAGUGCAGAGCACCGCGUGGCUCUAGAUGUCAACCUGUGGGAUAAGUUCAGUGAGCUGUCCACUAAGUGUAUCAUCAAGACGGUGGAGUUUGCCAAGCAUCUGCCAGGCUUCACCACCCUCACUAUCGCUGACCAGAUCACCCUGCUCAAGGCUGCCUGUCUGGACAUACUGAUUCUGAGGAUAUGCACGCGGUACACUCCAGACCAGGACACAAUGACGUUCUCAGACGGGCUGACCCUGAACAGGACCCAAAUGCACAACGCUGGCUUCGGCCCGCUCACAGACCUGGUGUUCGCCUUCGCCCAGACACUCCUCCCUCUGGAGAUGGACGACGCCGAAACCGGCCUGCUCAGCGGCAUCUGUCUGCUGUGUGGAGACCGUCAGGAUCUGGAGCAGGCAGACAAGGUGGACGUACUACAGGAGCCCCUACUGGAAGCUCUGAAGAUCUACGUGAGGAAGAGGAGGCCUCACAAACCACACAUGUUCCCCAAGAUGCUGAUGAAGAUCACGGACCUCAGGAGCAUCAGCGCCAAGGGAGCGGAGCGAGUGAUCACUCUGAAGAUGGAGAUCCCAGGCUCCAUGCCCCCUCUCAUCCAGGAGAUGCUGGAAAACUCAGAGGGUCUGGAGGGCCAGGGGGCCAGCGGGGGCCGCUCCAGCGGAGGAGGGGCCCCACCAGGCAGCUGCAGCCCAAGCCUGUCCCCCAGCUCAGCCCGCAGCAGCCCCCCUGCACCCUCCCCUUAAACUGGGGUCCACCACCACCCCCCAGGCAGGGACAGCCAGAAGGCAUGACUACAGACUCCCACACUGUGACAAACCAGGUCAGAGUGGAGUGGGGUUAGGAAGAGGGCCAAGCCUGGGCCCAACCAGGACGGACUUUGACACUUUGAGGGUAAACGCAGGCCUCAAUGGAGAGACAGCCGUCCCCCCACUCCCCCUAUCUCAGCCCCAGACUGGGCACCAUCAUACUUAACUGAAUCUGGAUGGCACUAUAACCAUCACCCCCACCACCACCACCACCUCAGAACCAGCGCCAGGGAUUGGCAGACGCAAGGAGUUUAAUCUGAGAUGUUCUGUUUACUCUCCUCAGUGAUGACUCUGUACUUCCUCUCCCCCCCCUCAAGACUAUGGACAGGAAUUCAGGCUCAGUGCCUGUCAGACCUGGAGUAAAGGGGUCGACAAGACGCACGUCUUCCUGCAGGGAAAUAGACAGACAGACUGCUGGACACUGGGCACGAGUCAUCCCUAAAUGUUGUCAGGGACAGCAAAUGGGGGCCGCUCAGGGGGGGCUGCCUCUCCUUCUCCUUCACAACUUUGAGAGACAGAUUUUCUUACAAAAGAUAUAUGGAAAUAUAAAUAUAUAUAUAUUGAAAAAGUAAUCAUUGCAAUUUGAAUUGUCCAGGUGGAAUGAUGCAUAAAAGAGGAGUUGCUAUCUUUUUUCUCAGUAUUUUUCUCACUGUUCUAAGAACUUAGAUGUUAUUCGUGAUCCCACCUCCCCAGACCGAGUGUUUUGUUCUCUUCGUUUCACCCAGGAAUAUCAGCACACUAAGUAGUCACUGUGGAAAUGUGUGUUUUUUUCUAUCAAAUCAGAAGAUAAGUAGAACAAAAAUGACGACACGAUUUCAGAUGCAAUUCACUUUAUGCACUAGACCUCUUGCACUGUCACAAGUCGGAUCAAAUUGAGACACAAAACACAAAUUGGACCAGGUUGGGUUGGCAUCUCUCUGGUUUUGUUCCAUUUACAGUAUUUUGUCUUUUUUUUUUCCAUAGGAGAAAAGGAAACGUAAUGGUUCUAUGAUCUAGAGUCAAGUUGUUGUGGAGUUAUGAAGAUGACCUGUAAGAAAAUAGCAGCCAUGAAAUAAUGUACAUAAGAUGUAUUCCUUUGUGUUAAAGUACAUGGUGUCUAGCCAAUUUUCACUUUUGUCAAAGCCUUUUAUGUUUUGCUUUUUGUUUGGUGUCCUGAAGUGAAGGCAUGAAUCACUGGUCGCCUGUUUAGACCGCUUAAGGAAGGGACGGACUGCUAGGAACACCAUGGCCAUUGACAACCUGUAAUGAGAGUUGAAAUGUAAAAAAAGAAAGAUUUGACAAUUUAAAGACCAACAACUCCGUGACCUCCCCCCCCUUUCCUAAGGUCGUCCCUCUCUCAUUCCAUUUCUGGAUAAUGUAUGUAUUACCCCCAACAGCACUGCCUCUGUACUGUAGCACAUUAUCUAUGUGCUCCCACUACCCCCCACCAUCAGUCACAAACUGUACCACGUUACCAGUAUGCUCACAUUGUAGCACAUUGGCUGUAGGAUGUAUCUAUCUAUGUCCGUGUAAACUCUGUAACACGGUACCAGUACGCUCACAACACCACUGCCUCUGUAUGUAUAUAUGUUCCCCAUCUCUCUA